CGCGGCUUGGAGACCAAGUCUCGCCUCGUAGACUGGUCGAGCUGCCUAACAUGCGCAUGCUACCUCAAGAAGACGAGAAUAAUGACAAUGUCGAGGUCACCUGGGAGGACCAGCAACGUAUCAACACGUUCUCGAAGAUGAACACGCGUUUGCGAGGGAUUGAGGCUCAGAUGGAGGAGUUGAAGCAAGACAAAGAGGCCCUCGACGAUCUGGCGAUGGAACUCGAGCUUUCAGACGAGGAUCAGCCAGUCCUGUACGUGUCAGAGCAUUGCCGAUGCCUAUUCAACCUCAUGAUACAUUGUUUGUCUAGGUACAAGGUCGGCGAAGCUUUCCUACACCUUCCACAUCGCCGCGCUAUGAAACAGCUGGAACGAGACCAAGCGCAAGUGGACAAACAGUUCUCUACGCUCACGAAUCGCGCAGAGGAGUGCGAAAAGACCAUGAAGGAGCUCAAGGUCGUCUUGUACGCUAAGUUCGGUCGCGCAAUCAAUCUUGACGAGUGAAGUGCUGCCCGUCAAGACUCGCGCGAAGUAUACCACGACGUUGUAACGAUACAUUUGCUGUCUACUGUAGCAAAAUUUCUUCCGACCGGUUCCAAUCGCUGUCCGUUUAUCGAUUCGGUGCUUAUUCUACUCCAUCCGUGUUGAUCAGGUCCACAAGGCUCCUGUCAGGCUGCUUCGCAUCUGCGUUGACAAACACGAGCAGUCGCUCAUAGACUUCGGUGCGCUGCUUGAACCGUGCUGGCGUGGGCUGGGAGCCACUC